UGCGACUGUUUUUCUACGAUGCAAGCAGUGAGUGUGGACGGAACCAUUCAGCCUCAAGGGGGGGCUUGAACACAAAACGGAAAGAAGGAAUGCUAUAAAAUCCUACAUAAUGUAUAUAGAGUCCACAAUAAACGUCUAUUUACAUAAAUAUUACGUUUGAAAAUGUUUAAAAAUUGAAACCUUUUCCAGUAAGUGAAUUUAAUCGACUACCCAGAGAAAACACACCCCUGGUGUAGAGCCUUGGUACAGUCGGAUGAAAACCGAGCUCUGAGCCACAUCUUCCACUGAAUGAUACGCCGGGAACUGGAGGCAGGAAAAGAGUCUGGGAGAAUCUAGAUAAUUAAGAAAAAACGGUAUUUUAGUCCGAACCUGUUUUUCUUAUUUUUCCUUAUUCGAUUUAAAGCAUUAACUACAAGCCUGGCGUUUGGUUUUCAGGGAGUUGUAAGGGUAGUACUAGUAGGAUGUUUUAAGUUCGGGUCUAUUCUGUGAGUUAACGGUGUAAGUUCAGUGACGUAGAGAGGAGUGGACUUUGUCAUCAUCGACCCAGUUUCCCCUAAAAAGGAGCAGAGGAAGACAAGCAGCCGACGGCGUGGGGAGAGGAAACAUAAGGGAGCGUGGAGAAGAGAAAGGAGAAGGUCGGAGACACCAGCCACACCACAAACAAACACCGCUCGCUGAGAAACACACAGACGGAGCCGUGACAUGGGAAAACAGAACAGCAAGCUGAGACCCGAGGUCCUGAACGACCUGAGGGAGAACACAGAGUUCACUGACCAUGAGCUGCAGGAGUGGUACCGCGGCUUCCUGAAGGACUGUCCCACCGGUCACCUGACUGUGGAGGAGUUCAAGAAGAUCUACGCCAACUUCUUCCCCUAUGGAGACGCCUCUAAGUUUGCAGAGCACGUCUUUCGCACGUUUGACACCAACGGCGACGCCACCAUCGACUUCAGGGAGUUCAUCAUCGCCCUGAGCGUGACGUCUCGUGGUGGGCUGGAGCAGAAGCUGCGCUGGGCCUUCAGCAUGUACGACCUGGAUGGGAACGGGUACAUAAGUCGGGCGGAGAUGCUGGAGAUAGUUCAGGCAAUUUAUAAAAUGGUGUCAUCAGUCAUGAAGAUGCCUGAGGAUGAGUCCACUCCAGAGAAAAGGACGGAUAAAAUCUUCAGACAGAUGGACAUCGAUAAUGAUGGUAGACUGUCUUUGGAGGAGUUCAUUAAGGGUGCCAAGAGCGAUCCGUCCAUCGUUAGACUGCUGCAGUCCGACCAGGGAACAUCUCGUCAGUUCUGAGGACCAGCAUCUUCUCCGUCUCAGAAGAAAGCCACCACAACAAACACACACAUCAUUCCAGCUGGUUGAUGUCACACCACUGCCCCAUCUCCACCCUCCAUCGCCGUCAUGUUUACACUCAUGGAUCAUCAUUUUUACCUUUGGUCAGUGUGGCUCCUUCUCUGUGGAUUUGCUUCUCAGUGGUGAACCUGCUUCUUGUCCCUGUGCCAUAGCCUACAUAUUUAUACAGACUGGACUUUGAACUGUAUGCUUUCAAGUAUUAUGACUCCUGUUAUUGUUACAUAAAAAGGAAACUAUUAACUCCACCAAUUUAGCCGCAGCAGAGGGGAAGGUAGAGCAUGCAGGAAUUUAGAGCAUGUAGGUCCCUUCAUUUUCCUCCAGGGUGCGCCUUAAACACAGUUUGAAAGACUAUGAUUUGAUACAACUUUAGUGAUUUUUAAAGUGCUUUUUUAAAUUAAUUAAUUCUUUACCUCAGUCGUUUUUUUUUUCAAUAUUUUGGUGGACUAGCAAUUGCCAUGCACCUCAAUAUUUUGCUAUGUUACUGCCUAAGUUUUAACCUUAUAUGUGCUAACUUAAGGGUUCACUUGGUUAAAAAAUACUAGCUUUAAGUAAUACUAUAGCAAAUAAAACUCUUUUUUCUAACUUAUGUUAUUCAUAAUAUAUAUUAAACUAUGGCUAUAUUGUUACUAUUGUGUUGGUUUAGCAUUUAACUGUUAGGUUUAAGCUAACUAUUUUUGACAUUGUUAUCUUUUUUUUUUAAACUUUAGCUGCUUUAAUAAUGUUUUUGGCACAUUUCAC